AUGACUGGUCCUAAGAAUGGCCCAUGGGCGCUAUGCGCCUCGGUCCGGUCCAAGAUCCUCCCAAACUUCCCACACAGAAUGUUCAGCCUUUCGAACUAUCACAGAUCUGGGGACAACAGGUCAGAUUCAGAUCACGAGUACUUCUACUGCUACACCAGCGGACGCUGGCUUUGGGCUGAAGAAGCGCGCCUCCAAGGACGAUACAAGAAAUUCAGCGUGACAGGUUUGAAACGCCUUGCUGCGGCAGCCAUUGGCGCGCAAUCGUGUGUGAGCAUGACCAAGCUUGCUGAGGGAGGGUUCAACAAAGUCUUCCGACUCUCCAUGGACAACGGUGCAGUAGUGAUUGCAAGGAUUCCAAAUCCAAAUGUUGGUCCAGCACGCCGAGUCAUAGCAUCAGAGGUUGCCACAAUGGACUUUGUAAGCCUGCUUCGUUUUAUAGCUACGUAUUGGCGGAAUUAAUACGUAUUGAACAGGUGCAGAAUGUUCUCGGAAUUCCAGUGCCGAAAGUCCUCGGAUGGGAUGGGGCCAUACUCGCGCAGCCGGACGAGUACGCGGGCAAGACCUUCUGCUCCUCCUCGUUCAUUUACACCAUCCUCAAGAUCACCGAGACCACGUCCAAAGCCUGUGGUAAGCCGGUCAGGUGUAAACAGGUCCCCAAGGACGUAUUUUGCAAGCUCUUACCCGGCACCAACCGCGAUACGCUGCUGAACAUGUUCUGCUACUUCGAGUACUGCGGCUAUUACGGUUACGACUCGAAGCAACUGGUGGAUUGGGCAGCGACUCACGCGCGCGGGAAGGUUAGCUCGUUCGAGCAGUCUCUCCAGCGUGAACCUUUGAGUGUGUGGAACAGGAAAUAG